UAGUUGGGGCGGAAAGGAAGGAAGGGAUGGGGUUGCAGUUUAUGUUCGCAAAUGUGAAUUUUGUAUUGUGAGACGUGGUUUCUGAGUUAAACAACAUUUUAACAACAACAGAAUUUAAAGUGUUUCAUAUUGUGUUUAUGUGUCAUUUGUGUUAGUGACAUUUUGGAUAACACCUUAUUGGUAUCAAGUGUGUGGGACUUGGCAUUCAUGUAGACGCCACACGGAAGCCAGGAGCUGCCGUGUCGCGGUUGUUGAUUGCGCAUCCGGUACGUCAUGCCGUCGGCGCAUCUUACCUUGCGCGAGGAGGACGUUGUGCGCCUCACCCUCGAGUUCCUGCACACCCGAGAACUUCACAUAUCCCAGCUCAGCCUUGAGCGGGAGACAGGUGUCAUCAAUGGCGCCUUCUCUGACGACGUUCUGUUCCUGAGGCAGCUGAUACUCGACGGUCAGUGGGAUGACGUCCUGGAGUUCAUCCAGCCCCUGGAGGCUCUUCAGGCGUUCGACAUGCGACGGUUCCGGUACUCAAUCCUUCGUCACAAAUACGUGGAACUCUUGUGUAUCAAGUCCGAGGCAUUGGUGACAUCGGGACCCGUCAACAACGUGGACAGUGCCGUGGAAGACGUAGUUAAAGUGCUCAGUGAGUUGGAGCGUGUGUCGCCCUCCAAAGAGGACUACUCCAACUUGUGCUUGCUGCUCACACUUCCCCGUUUGUCUGACCAUCUGCAGUACAAGGACUGGAACCCGAGUAACGCCCGCGUGCAGUGCUUUAGGGAAGUGUUUCCUCUAGUCGAGAAGUUCCUACCGGGGGACAGGAAGACUGCAGACCACGCAUCAAGUUGUGCGAACACCACGGCGAAGAACGACAGACUGAUCCAUUUAAUUAUAAAAGGAAUUCUUUACGAAUCGUGUGUCAACUAUUGUCAGGCCAAAGCUACAGGUUCCAAAGAGAGUCAGCAGCAGGAAAUGACAUUCUCGCGUCUGUUGGACGGCUCUGUAGGCUACAGUGACUCCGACCUCAGCCUUUUGUCCUGGCUACAAAGUAUUCCAUCGGAUACAUUCUCAGUUCCGUUCGAACAGCGAACGCUUAAUGUGGAUAUUGAACGGCUGGAACGUCCAUCCCUGGAGACUUCUUGGACAGAGCAUAUGCUAGUUACACCGAUUAAACCAAAAUUAUUUCCUCACUCAGCCAUGCCGUUCACCCGACCUCGUUCCGCGGCCGAUAUUAUGUCGCGGUCCUUGCUUCCAGCUCUGGACGGACUGCCCUUUGGACUCGCGGGUCAGCAAGGCGGUGGAGGUUUGGGAGCCCAUAACCGGAACAACAGCCCAAUGAUGAUGGCUCUGUCCACUGGAGACAUCAACACUGGCAACGCGAUGUCGCGGUCAUCUUUCGCUAGCUUCCACCUCACUGGCUACAAGAGUAACAAGCUUAUGAACACGUCAGUGGACAGGCUUUUCGAGAAUGACGGCGAUGUUUUCUUGAGCAGCAGUUACGCAGACUUCCAGCAGUUGCCGGCAAUUCUAGAGACGACCCCGAAGCCUCAACCCCCACCGCGUGUCAGGGGACGCUCUCGCAGCCCCGAUAAGAAGGGUAAUACCGGUGGAACCAUUUCGUCGGCUGCAUCGACUCCCGAACACAGAGGCAGAGAGUCUCCGGCGACGGCAAGGUCAUCUCGCCGAGAUUCGCUGACUGACAAGCCUGUGGUGCCGAGUGGCACGACAGUGGUGCUGACUGGCGUCGAUACCGUGCUAGACCAGCAGCAGGGCUUCGACGGAGAUUUGCUGAAGGAGUACCAGCGCCAGAAACAGCGAUUGCAGGAGACGCUGCAGGUGAAGGAGCGCGAACGCGAGGAAUUGCUGCGGCAACUUCAGAGCACAGACAAUCGGCUGCAGGAGAACAGCCUGAAGUCUAUGGGUAAAUUGCCUCCUCCGACAGUGGCCGGAGCUGGAGGCACCGUCACUGUGAGAACUAACCCCCCUCCUCCUCAAGGGACAGCCAAUCGAGUCUCUGUAGAUACCAACCCGGCUUCGUCUCUUCAGCCGACUUCGGCCGCCAUGAACGGGACAGGGGAUUCAAUCAGGAACACGCAGCCUCCGAUGUCGUACCACGGCGAAAACACAGGCGUCUCGGCGCUACAGGAAGACCAUUACGAUGCUGUUAAGCCAGUGAACCGAGCUGAUGCAGAGGUGAACGGCAGUGGAGGUGGGGCCGGCAGACCCCGGUUCGUGGCCGUCACGUCUCUAGAAGAUGUCCAGGCUGUACGGUGCGCCGAGUUCCAUCCACAGGGCAAGCUGUACGCUGUUGGGUCCAACUCCAAAACCCUGCGCAUCUGUUCCUACCCGAAACUGUCAGAUCUCAGGGAGGACCACGCAGCGUACCAACCAACAGUACUCUUCAAGCGCACCAAGCACCACAAGGGCUCCAUCUACUGCCUGGCAUGGACGCCAAUUGGAGAUCUGAUGGCAACCGGCAGUAAUGACAAGACGGUUAAGCUGAUGCGGUUUAACACAGACACUUCAAAUUUAGAAGGCCAAGAGAUUGAGCUGACGAUGCAUGAUGGUACAGUGAGGGACCUCUGCUUUCUGGAGGACACCAGCAACAAGUCCAGCCUCCUGAUCAGUGGAGGUGCUGGGGACUGUAAGAUAUAUGUUACCGACUGUGCUACGGGAACCCCAUUUCAAGCUCUGAGUGGUCACUCAGGACAUGUGUUGACGCUGUACAAUUGGGGUGGUGCCAUGUUUGUGAGUGGUUCUCAAGACAAGACAGUUCGAUUCUGGGACCUUCGAACUCGUGGCUGUGUGAAUAUGGUGACCCCGGCUACGGCCCCUGGCAGUCGGGGCUCUCCUGUGGCAGCUGUGUGCGUAGAUCCAUCAGGACGGCUCCUGGUGUCGGGCCAUGAGGAUUCUUCCUGUGUCCUGUUUGAUAUCAGAGGUGGUCGCAAUGUGCAGUGUUUCAAACCGCAUUCAUCGGAUGUACGCUCAAUCCGCUUCUCUCCCAGUGCCUACUAUCUCCUUACAGGGGGCUAUGAUAACAAACUGGUGCUCACUGACCUGCAAGGUGACCUGACGAUGCCUUUACCAAGUGUUGUUGUUGCUCAGCACCAAGAUAAGGUUAUCUCUGGGCGCUGGCACCCAACGGAGUUCUCAUUUCUGAGCACCAGUGCUGACAAGACAUCCACGCUCUGGGCUCUUCCUCCAGUAUGAUUGAUUUGUCGUCCUUCCUCCAAAGAGAAGAAAAAUAUGCAUUGAAACUGCAUUCGGGGCAGUGACAUCAGAGAUAUUGAGAUUAUCCAUACAAGAUUAAGCAUUCUUCUGGGAUUUAAGGUUUACUAAUUCCCAUGGACUAAACAGCAAUGAAUGUUAACUUCUGUACUAGUGAAAUGUACAUUUGAUGAUACAGAGAACAUAAUUCGUACAUGUAAAAACAUUCAAGUAACUCGUGAGACUGAAAAUCUUAACAGUACUAUAAUUAGUGUCCAUGUUUAUAACUUUAAAUUUAUAUGUACAAAAAAAAAAAGGAUAGUUGGCGUGUCUGCUAUUAUUGCAAAAAAGAAAAUGAAAAAUUGACCUUUGUCAUGUAAGUAUAUCGGAGGUCUUAACGGGAAGAUGAACAGAAUGCAAGCAUGAUGCAGUUCUCACCUUUGUACGUUUAUAAGGUAGCUCUACAUCUUGGUCACAUCUUCUAGAGACAGUUGAUAGAAUUAAAAUAUAGUAGUAGUGGUCCUGGUAGCAGUACUGGUACAUUCUCUCCACAGAGUAAGUAGGAGAUUUCUGCUACUAGUGCAAUCUGGUCUGUCCUCUCACUGCUGCAUUGAAUGCUAUAAGAUUACGGUCCUUUAGAAUGUGACGCCAUGUAAUACACUGAGCAGGUACCGAAAUUUUAAAGAAACCUGCUGCUUCCAUAUCCAGGCGAGAAGGAAGAUGAAGGCAUUGUGUUUCUGUGAAAUAUUUGUGCCUGGCUGUGGAAGGGUAUGUUGUUACAUUCCAGAAGACUGUUAACUUGAUAUUCAUUGCAGUGAGAACAUCUUAUCUCUCAUAAGGCUUGUUAUCGGUGGAGUGUGCCCUAGUAAAACAAUUCCAUGACAGAGACUUAGGUGAUUGUUAUCUGGGAUGUGGAGUCUUGUUGUCUGGUAGAGAGGUACCAAAGUUUUGGAGGAGUCUGAUGACUACUACUUCAGGGACACUGAAGAGGUGGCAGGUUCCUCCAGUGUAUUGGUAGCUUCAUGUCAGAUUACAAGGUGCCACACUGCUAAGGAUAUUGAUCUUCAUAAUCACUGCUAUGAGUGUCUCAAACCUCACAGUCGACAAUUAUGUUUGCAGGUGAAGUCUAGCUCUAAUAUUGAACUCUACAGAAUUUAUAUCCAUGUGUUGUUAUAUAACUGUGUUAUUUAAUCUAAUGCUAUGAAGGGUUUUCGUAAGUAACAUGAAUUUAUUUACCCAUUUGUUAGGUACUUCUUUCUGAUUUAAUUGUCAUUAUUAUGUUACAUAACUGUUUGACAAGAAAUUGAUAAUUUAUGCUUCUUGCUGCAGUUCUCUGUUACUGUGUUUUGUUUUCAUAAGUAUCAUAAACAAAAGAAUUGCUGUACAAUAAUGCUGCAAAUUAUGCUUUGAAAUAACAAGAACAUGAAGAAGUAAACAGUGUUGUUAUAAUUUUCCAGUAUGAGAAGGAAUCACAUUACAGUUUUUGUAACUGAAGCAUGUUGAAUCUGUUCCUUAAUGUACCAUAUACCAACUAGAUCAGUAUUAAAACUGCCACACCUGAAGAGACACACUUAUUGUUAAGCAGUUAAUACAGAAUUUCUCUCUCAAUUGUGACAUUCUAAUGUUCAGAAGAAACAGUGGGUUUUCAUAUGAAAUAUACAUAUUGUUCGAAGGCCAUUUGAAGGAAAUAUUGUGAAUAUUCCUCUGCAACUUAUUUACCCCCAAGGAAUCUUGACAUUUCUUGCAGGUAGUUUGGUGGUGGGGAUUGGCAGUCAGAGAGUUCAAACAUUCUCUGUAUGAUUACUUCAUUUGAAAUAAUGAAUAGUUUUGAGUGUUGUACUGUUGCAUCAGCCGUACACACUGGCUAAGAAUAGCAGUAAGUGAAAUCGCAGAUAUUUUGCAUCCAGCAGAACAAAUGAAAGGGACCAUUGUGUACAAUAAUCAGACAGGCUAGAAGAGUGAAAUACAUGUGAAUAGACAUAAAUUAAACCAGGCUUACAGUAUGAAGGGCUGUGAUGCUGUGUAAUAUGGUAUUUAGGUACCAGUAUUUCAGAGGAAGUUGUUGGCUCCAUCUUUGUGCAGAAAUGUUGUUACCUGUUUACCAAACUACAGGCUGUCAUGGUGCUGAAAACCAUAAUCUAAAUAUUUACCACCCUGAGAAUCCCAUAUCUCAUGAAGUAGAUUUUUCAUAACUUAGUACUGGGGAUGUCACUUUACUAAUGUAAAGACUUGAUCCUGUUAUAGCUGAAUAAAAGUACCAGAAUUUGCUUCUGACUUCCAUCACCUAUGGUCAGGAAGGAUGAUUUGCAGAUAACUAUUAUCGAAGAAAAGAAAUUUAGAUUCUUGACCCUUAUUAACAUCAGGUUUCACUGUUUUGGGGUGUGACCUUACAUUCACCACUGUGACAGCUCAAAUGUUGUAAUGACCUUAACUCAUUUUCUUACAAUUCCAGAUAUCUUGGCAUUGUUCUGCCUCCUUAAGUUAGUCCUAGAGUCACUCCAGCCAUCAGCACUUUUUCCAUUGCAUUUCUGAAUGAACAUUGUGCUAAUGGCUUUGUCUUGUAUACUUCAAGAAGUACAUAUUUAUAUUGGCUUGUCUGUAGGUAGUAUAUAAGGUCUAGGAAUCCCUGGUGUCUUUUUCUUUAAUUGGAAACACCUUGCUACCUGGCACAAAAUGUAUGAAAAGCAGAUGAUAUAUGAUUGGUACAAUUCUCUCUGAGAGGUUACAGAACAGAGAACUAGAGCUGCUAUCCUGGCUUCUCUCCAUGCCUUGUUCCUGCCCUGUAGACUGAGAGGGAAACAAAAAUGAAGCCUCAUACAAUCAGUAACUGUAGCUUCUAGGCUCAUAUGAAAUACCAAAUAUUAUAUUAGCAUUAAAUAUCUUAACAUAAUUGCUUAAAGAUUGAAAUAUUUUGUAUGUAAAAUAGAUUGUCACCCACUUGAUGUAACCAUGACUAUUAUUAUAUUGUAAUAAAUGUAUUGAUGUAAUAGAUAAAUGAACCUGAUACAAAAAUGUUUGUGUAGAUGUAUUUAUGAUACGUUUCCUUGCAUAAGCUUCAUUUGGCAGCACAUGAUAAUUUCACUGUGAUUGAAUCACAGCAUAGCUUCUUGUAUUCUUCCUGUAGGUCCUACUACAGUUACAGGUAUACUUGAUUAAAUACUGUAAUUCUUAGUUGUGACUGUAACUAGGACGAU